AUGACGACUCACAUAUCCGAGGAUGUUCCCUCAAGCACUCAAGAUGUCCCUAUAUCUAACACCCCGAAUUUCCACGCGACGAGACACUCGAUUGACUCUCAAGACAUUGAAUACCGCUAUUUGACCUUUCAGUCAGAUCUCCCGUUGACCCCGGUUUUUCCACCUGAUUUCAAAGGGCAAAUACCACCAUGCCCGAAUUUGCGUGACUACGACGAUCCUUUCAGCUGGUCACUGACUCGCAAGAGAGUGAUGACAUACCUUUCUUGUUCAGUCAACGUUACAGCUGCCUACUCAGCGGGCGCCUACGCGUCAACAGCCAGCGUGCUCACCAGUAAAUGGAGUGUGUCACAUGUCGCCUAUAACGUCGGCAUUACCAUCUUUUGCUUGGGGUUUGGCCUGGCACCCAUGGUGUUGGCCCCCUUCUCGGAGAUCAAUGGGAGGAGGCCCGUAUUUAUCGCAACCGGAUUGCUGUUUGUUAUUUGCCAGCUCGGAUGUGCUCUCACCGACUCGUUUGCGGGAAUGUUGGUAGCUCGACUCUUCUUAGGCAUAGGCGGCUCAACUUUUUCGACGAUGGUGGGAGGUAUUCUGGCAGAUGUCUGGGUAACAGCCGACCGGAACACUCCUAUGGUCCUGUUCACCGCAGCAACCAUGUUCGGAACCGGCCUCGGGCCUCUGGUGAGCGGCCUUGUCGCACAGCAUUUGUCGUGGCGAUGGGUCUUCUGGAUCCAAGUCAUCACCAGCGGCACCCUGGUCUCACUGGUGACGAUCUUCUUCAAGGAAACACGAGGCAGUAUCAUCCUGAGCCGAAAGGCGAGGUUGCUCAACAAAUGGUAUGAAAAGCUCGAAGAUGCAGGCGCUCUGGGAAUGGAAGUCAACGACAGUGACCCCGAGAAGAAUGGGCAGACGGCUCUCCGCAUUCGUUGGAGAGUCAAGACAGACGAAGACCGAUCUUCUCUGGGCACAAUGAUCGCAGUGUCCCUAUACCGACCAUUCCAUAUGUUAUUCACCGAGCCAGUGGUGUUCUGGUUCAGCUUGUGGGUUGCAUUCUCCUGGGCCGUUCUAUAUCUCCAGUUUGGUUCCAUCCCACUCGUCUUCGCGGCCAACCACGGAUUUACCCUCGAACAGACGGGAGCCGUCUUCAGUGCCGUCGCUAUCGGUGGUAUCGUCUCGGCCUUCCUCAGCAUCUUCCAAGAAAAGUGGGCGGUGAGGCAUUACCCUCUCAAGAUCAGCGGCAGUCCAGAGGGAAGACUCUCCUUCGCUUGCAUCGAAUCGGCUCUGAUGCCAAUCGGGCUGUUUUGGUUUGGCUGGACGUGCUAUUCCUCCAUCCACUGGAUCGUCCCUACAUUGGCCAUCGGCGUCGCCACCAUGGGCAUUUUCAGCAUUUAUCUGGCCACCUUCAAUUAUACGGCUGACGUCUACCACGUCUACGCUAGUUCUGCUCUCGCUGCCUCUGGACUGUGUCGGAACCUGUUGGGAGGCAUUUUCCCACUGAUCGAUGUCCAGAUGUUUGACGGACUGGGUUUCCAGGCCGCAAGCAGUCUUUUGGGAGGCAUCGGUGCAGCUUUGACGUUGGUGCCAUGGGUUUUGGCUUUCUAUGGUCCUCGGAUUAGAGCCAGAAGCAAGAUCGCCAGCUCCUUCACACCACCUUGA